CCUGUUUGCUGAGGGGUGUUCCCUGUCGAUUGGGGGCGUGGCCUCAUUUUGGCGGGAAUUUCCAAGAUGGACACAAGGGGGGAGGGGCUGCUUCAUUUUCCCCAAAAUCCCCCCAAUUUUCACUUUUCUACCUCAAAAUUUCACUUUUCUACCUCAAAAUUUUCCCUUUUUACCUCGAAAUUCCAUCUUUGACCCCCAAAAUUCCUCGCAAACCCCCAAAUUUCCUUCUUUUACCUCAAAAUUCCUCAUACAAACUCCAAAUUUCCUUUUUGCCUCAAAAUUUCUUCUUUUUUACACCUAAAUUUCCUUUUAACCCCAAGUUUCCCCCUUUUAACCUCAAAAUUUCCUCAUUUUUACCUCAAAAUUCUUUAUUUAACCCCAAAAUUUUGCCUUUUUACCUCAAAAUUUUCUUUUUUACCCCAAAAUUCCCCUUUUGACCCCAUAAUUUCCUUUUUUCCCUCACAAUUCCCUCUUCGACCCCAAAUUUUCCCUUUUUUACCUCAAAAUUUCCUUUUUUUACCUCAGAAUUUCCCCUUUGACCCCAAAAUUUCCCCUUUUUACCUCAAAAAUCCUCAUUUAACCCCAAAUUUCCUCUGUUUUACCUCAGAUUUUCCCUUUUUAACCCCAAAAUUCCCUCUUUGACUGCAAAAUUUCCUCUUUUUUACCUCAAAAUUCCCCCGGACCCCUCAGGAAUCCCUUCCCCGCUUUGGCCACGCCCCCUCGCAAACCACGCCCUCUCAGCGCUUCGUUACCUUAUAUGGCUCCUUAACCACGCCCACAGCGGGCGGGGCUUCCCUCAAGCCGCGCCCACCCCGCCAAACCCGUCCCGUCGCCGCUUGUGACGUCACCCCCGCGCGCCGCGCUGCCCGCAAGGCCCCGGCGCGGCGCUGCCGGUGGGGCUGCCCGCGGCGCCGCCUGUCCCGGUUCGCUCCCGGUUCCUCUCGGUUUAUCUCUCCCGGUUCUGGCUCGGUUCUGUCCCGCGGUGCUGCCUGUUCCGGUUUGGUUCCGCUUCGCUCCCGGUUCUCUCCCGGCGGCGCCGCCUGUCCCGGUUCUGUCCCGGUUCUGUCCCGGUUCUGUCCCGGUUCUGUCCCGGUUCGGUGCCGUGAUGUCGCUCUGGUCCCGGUGCCCGCUGGUCGAGGACAGCUUCAGCCGCCUGGGCUCGCAGAGCAACGUCUACGGGCUGGCGGCGCUGCCCGGCCCGCUGCCCCUCGGCUCCUGGCCCGGUCCCGGUGCCGGUUCCGCUCCCGGUGCCGGUGCCGGUUCUGACCCGGUCCGGGGCCCCGGCCCGCUGCCCCCGCGCUCCUGGCCCGCUCCUGACUCGGUUCAGGGCCCCGGUUCCUCUUCUGCUCCUGGCCCCGUUCGUGCUCCCGGUCCCGGUUCCGGUCCCGGUCCUGACCCAGCUCCCGGUCCCGCUCCCGAUUCCAUUCCUGUACCCGGUCCCGGUUCCGUUCCCGGUUCUGUUCCCGAUUCCGUUUCCGUUCCCGCUCCGGUUCCGGGUCCCAGUUCUGUUCCCGGCCCGGUUCCGGUCCCAGGUCCCGGUUCUGCUCCGGUCCUGGGUCCCGGGGCUCUGCCGGGUUCUGAUCCCGGUCCCGGUUCCAGUUCCGGUUCUGUCCUGGUUCCGGGUCCCGGUUGUGUUCCCUGUUCCAGUUCCAUUCCCGGUUCCGGUUCCAGUUCUGCUCCGGUUCCGGUCCCUGGUCCCGGGUCUGUUCCUGUUUCCGAUCCCAUUCCGGGUUCCGGUCCCGGUUCUGUUCCCUGUUUUGGUUCUGAUCCCGUUCCCGGUUCUGAUCCUGGUUCCGGUGCCGGUUCCGGUUCUGUCCCGGUGCCGGGUCCCGGUUCCAUUCCUCUUUCCGGUCCCAUUCCCGGUUCUGUUCCUGGCUCUGUUCCCGGUCCCGGUCCCGGUUCCGGUUCUGAUCCAGUUCCAGUCCCCGGUCCCGGUGCCCUGCCGGGUUCCGAUCCCGUUCCCGGUUCCGUUCCCGUUCCCGGUUCGGGUCCAGCCCCGGUUCCGGUGCCGGGUCCCGGCGCUCUGCUGGCGGCGGCUCUCAAGGGGAAGGUUCUGCUGUUCCGGUACCGGCAGCUGCGGCCGCGCCUGCGGCCCCUGGCCCGGGAACUGCAGUUCACCUACAUCCCCGGUACCGGCAGCGGGAACCGGGACCGGAACCGCAACCGGAACCGCAACGGGGGGUUGGGGGGGUUUGGGGAUUUUUUGGGAAUUAUUUUGAUUUUUUUCGGGAUUUUUUUUGGGGAUUAUUUUGAUUUUUUGGGGAUUUUUUUUGGGGAUUAUUUUGAUUUUUUCGGGAUUUUUUCGGGAUUUUUUUUGGGAAUUAUUUUGAUUUUUAGGGGAUUUUUGGGGGGUUUUUUGAGGGUUCUUUGGGUUACAUCCCCGGUACCGGGAACGGGACCAGAACUGGGGCUGGGGGGUUUGGGGGAUUUUUUGGGGGGUUUGUGA